AUGACAGCCGUAACAAACCUUACUUCAAACCUGCUUCCCGACUUCUUAACGAACAACCCUUUGCCACAAGGAUUCCCUUGGGGCUCCGCCACCGCCAACAACACCAACUACUACGACACAUGGCCAGACACUGGAGUAACUCGGACGUACACCUGGAGUAUUGCGAAGGGAACAUGCGCACCAGAUGGUGUUGAGUUGGACUGCGUGCUUGUGAACAACCAAUUCCCUGGACCUCUGGUAGAAGCCAACUGGGGUGACAUGAUCGAGAUUCAGGUCACCAACAACCUCGACGAGGGUACUGCCAUCCAUUUCCACGGUUUCUUGCAGAAGAACUCGCAAUGGAUGGACGGUGUUCCAGGUGUUCAGCAAUGCCCAAUCGCCCCUGGCAAGACUUUCACCUACCGAACACGAGCAGAACUUUACGGAACUGCGUGGUAUCACAGCCACUACGAUGCACAAUCAGCAAACGGUCUCUACGGACCAGUCGUGGUCUACGGCCCCAAGAACGCAGAAUAUGACGCUGAUCUGGGACCUGUCGUCCUCGGUGACUGGGUCCACACUGACUUCCACGACUUGGUCGACGAGCUCAUGGCACCAUACCCCAAUGCAAAGAUUCCACCAUCGCAGAACAUCCUGAUCAACGGUCUCAACCCAUACUACGGCGCCAAUGCACCAACUGCGAAGUUCCAGGUCAGCUCUGGCAAGAAGUAUCGUCUGCGUCUGAUCAGCGCUGCCUGCUCGGCCACCGUCAAGUACACGAUUGACAACCACAGCUUCACUGUCAUCGCCAACGAUUUCGUCCCAGUGAACCCAUAUCAGACCGACCACAUUACGCUAUCCGUUGGCCAACGUAGCGAUGUCAUCGUGAACUUCAACCAGGACCCAACCACCGCCGUCUGGAUGCGCACUUUCAUAGCGCCUUGCUCCGAAGCUGAGGGUCAAACCGAGGCCAAGGCUGCUGUGUACUACCAGAACGCCGACACCAGCUCUCUCCCAGUCUCCUCGCCUGGUGCCAACGCCUACAACACGUACUGUGGAAACGAUGACCUGUCGCAGACCACUCCUUACUACCCAAUCACCCCACCAAGCCCAUCCUUCGAGUCUGUGAUACCUAUCUCUGCUCAAGUUAACGGAAGCCAUCUUCUGUGGUACAUGGCCGGCCGCACGUUCCGCACCAACUACAACGACCCGAUGCUUCUCGAGGCCAAGCUCGGCAAUCUGGACUUCCCCUAUAUCGGCAACGUGCACAACUACGGCGACAAUAGCUCCGUCCUUUUCGUCAUCGAGAAUACUGGUUCCAUGCCCCACCCCAUGCAUCUUCACGGGCACAACAUGUUCGUCCUUGCUGAGGGUGAAUGCACCGACAACAACUUCGUCUUUGGCCGAUCCGACGGUGUUGCUGCUGCUGACUUGAACAACACCAACAAGGCGUACGGUAACUGCUGGGAUGGCCAUGUCACCAACGCCGACAACCCACAGCGUCGUGAUGUCCAGAUGCUUCUCCCAGGUCAAUACAUUGUCAUCCAGUGGCUGCAGGAUAACCCCGGUGUCUGGCCGCUCCAUUGCCAUUUGACCUGGCACUCCGCUUCUGGUUUCGUCUGGUCCGUUCUCGAGCGCCCGGACGACAUCGCCAACAUGCCCAUCCCAAGCGUCAUGGCCGACACCUGCCGCGACUGGGCCGCCUGGACGGGCGAGAACGUGGUCGACAUGAUCGACGACGGUUUGUAA